AUUUCAACCUCCUCAACUAUACAUAUCCUUGGGUGCACCAUGCCUGCAACGUCCUCCCGAGGGCGCUCGCCAACUCGCUCACCUCACGCCGUAAACUAUACUCGAGGCACCCCUGCCAAACGGUCAUUAUCCCCUCGUUCAGAAUCCCGACACACCGGAAGCCGAAGCCCAUCUUAUGAGCGACCUUCUGAUCGCCGCAACGGCCGUCAUCGCCCAAGGAGUUUCUCCCGCUCUUUGUCGCCAUCACGGCCAACAUCUCGAAGCCUAAGCCGAACUCCAAGUCGUGAUCGAAAUUGGAGUCGAGACUCCCGAUCUCACGGCAAUCGCGACAAUGGCCGGACCUUUAGCUCUCCCGACAGUUCCCCAAGGAGCUCAAAGAUCGUAGUUGAAAAAUUAACCAAAAAUAUCACAGAGUCUCAUCUCAGAGAGAUCUUCGGAGGAUUUGGAGAUAUCCGAAGUCUUGAUCUUCCAAUGAAUAAAGCUUUUAUGACGAACAGGGGCACCGCAUAUAUACUCUAUCAUGAUCCCGCAGACGCAGAAGCGGCGAUUGCCCACAUGCAUGAAGCCCAACUUGAUGGUGCUGUGCUAAAUGUGUCCAUUGUCCUCCCCAGAAGAGCUUUUUCUCACUCACCGCCCCCGGAAAGUGUGAGAGCCUUCAGUCGUCACACGAGUGGGCGUAGCCAGCCUUUCGAUAGUCGCGCUCGCGUUUCCCCGUACUCUCGCCGUUCUUCACCCCCUCAGCGGAGGUAUGGCCGUACCAAGGCUACAGAAAAGCACGAUAUUUAUCGCCCGCGGUCCCUUUCUCGAUCCAGAUCACCCCGUCGUUCUCGGUCAUUGUCCUCGGGUCCACCAUCGCCACCCCCCAGAAGGAAAUCGCAUUCGCGCAUGGAUAGUCCGCCGCGCCGCCGUCGCCGCAGCCCUAGCUACAGCAGCUACGACUAUAGCAGUCAGAGUGAUAGAAGCCGUAGCUCAAGCAGAAAGAGAGGUGAUCGCUAUGUCUCGCGAAGAAGAUAGUUCGGCAGGGGUUUAGUGCUUAAUUGGAGUAAGUGGUUGCUUAGAAUUAAUACUUGUCGGGUUUUGCUACGCCUGCGGGCUUGGGCAGUCUUUCAGCACUGAAGUGAGAAUGAACAUGUAACGACUCACAUUGAACAAACAAAAACAAAAAAGAUUAAAUACCCAGUGCAUCAGUAUUGCUCGCAGUAGAAGUACAUUUGUGUGUUUGGCAUUCUA